AUGGCGUCAAGGAUUGGCCCACGCACCGUCAAGGACGCCACGAGAUUCACCUCGACGAUUCCUCACGCCACAUCCAAGACGGCCGGUUCUGUUUCACCGUCCGCCACCGCUGCCACUGCGACGCCGAAACCCUCGAGAAUCCCCGGCGAGACCCCCGAGCAGCGCGUCAAGAGACUACGACUCGCGCACCUGGCCGCGCAAAAGGCCCAAAUCAGCCAGACGGACCGCUUCAUCGAUGCGUCCCGAAGGUUCCUCGAUGUGGCCCACCGCUGGACCGUAGGCGGUAUCGUCGUAUUUACCGCCGUGGCCGGCGUCGUCAGCGUAUACUCAGUAUGGGACAUGCUGCGAUACAACCGCGCCCGACGCGCCGAGUGGGCCGAGGCCCAGAAGAAGCUCGAAUCGGACGAGCUUGCCACCGCCCGCCUCGCGUACCUCAAGGGCGACGCGACCGAGGAACAGACCGCACUCGUCGAGGCGGCGAACCGCGAGGCCGAGGAGAAGGGCAUCCGCCUGCCGCCGCUGAUCGCACCCCCCGAGCACCGCACGCAUUUCGAGGAGCACCUUAAGCCCACGCUGCAAGGCGACGGCAACGCGGCCGACGGCGCCAACGGUAAAGGCGUCCUGGGCGUCUUCUCCGGCCUGUUCGGCGGCAGCGCCAGCAAGGAGGCGCCCGAAGCCCAGCCUGCGGCUCAGCCUGCGGCUCAGCCUGCCGAACCCACCGAACCCGUGGCCGGGAGCGCGUGGGACAGGGAGCUGGAGAACCAGCGAAAGGGCGGCAGCCUGGACCAGCUAGGCCUCGCCGGCGCCUCGGGUGAGCAGGCUCCUACCAAGAAGGGGUGGUGGCCCUGGUAA